AGAAGCCAUUUUGAUAGAGUCCAUCAUGGUCUCCAGGGAAUUUGUGCAGUGCCACAAAGGACCUAUGCUGAUCAAGUUGAUGCCGAUGUCACAGUUAUUGGCUCUGGUCCCGGAGGCUAUGUUGCUGCUAUCAAAGCAGCUCAGCUUGGAUUUAAGACUGUCUGUGUAGAAAAAAAUGAAACAUUAGGUGGAACCUGUUUGAAUGUUGGAUGUAUUCCAUCCAAGGCCUUGCUGAACAACUCGCAUCUGUAUCACUUGGCUCAUGGGAAAGAUUUUGCUAAUAGAGGAAUCGAAAUUACAGGAAUCCGUUUGAAUCUAGAGAAGAUGAUGGAGCAGAAGCGUGGUGCAGUGAAGGCUUUAACAGGUGGAAUUGCUCAUUUGUUUAAACAGAACAAGGUUGUGCACGUGUCUGGUUUUGGAAAAAUAACGGGCAAAACUCAAGUCACUGCAACCAAAGAAGAUGGCAGCACACAAGUUAUCAACACAAAGAACAUACUUAUAGCCACAGGCUCAGAAGUUGCUCCCUUCCCUGGAAUUACUAUUGAUGAAGACAGUAUCGUGUCGUCCACUGGGGCGCUGUCACUGAAAAAAGUUCCUGAAAAGAUGGUUGUUAUUGGCGCAGGAGUCAUUGGUGUGGAACUGGGUUCAGUUUGGCAGCGCCUUGGUGCAGAUGUGACAGCUGUUGAGUUCAUGGGUCACGUUGGUGGAAUGGGAAUUGACAUGGAGAUCUCUAAAAACUUCCAACGCAUUCUUCAGAAACAGGGAUUUAAAUUUAAACUGAACACCAAAGUUACUGGUGCUACCAAGAAACCGGACGGAAAAAUUGAUGUAGCUCUUGAAGCUGCUGCUGGUGGCAAGGCAGAAGUAAUAACUUGUGAUGUGCUCCUAGUUUGCAUCGGCAGACGUCCUUUUACCAAAAAUCUAGGUCUUGAGGAGAUUGGAAUUGAGCUUGAUAAGAGGGGAAGAAUCCCAGUCAAUAACAGAUUCCAAACCAAAAUUCCAAACAUCUAUGCUAUUGGUGAUGUAGUUGCUGGACCUAUGCUGGCCCACAAAGCUGAGGAUGAAGGCAUCAUCUGUGUCGAAGGCAUGGCUGGGGGGGCGGGUCACAUCGACUACGCGGUUCACAUCGACUACAACUGCGUGCCCUCGGUGAUAUACACACACCCCGAAGUGGCCUGGGUUGGUAAAUCCGAAGAACAGCUGAAAGAAGAGGGUGUAGAAUACAAAGUUGGGAAAUUUCCAUUUGCUGCGAACAGUAGAGCAAAGACAAAUGCUGACACCGAUGGCAUGGUGAAGAUACUGAGCCAGAAAUCAACAGACAGGAUGUUGGGCGCACAUAUUUUAGGCUCAGGUGCGGGUGAAAUGGUUAAUGAAGCUGCCCUUGCUAUGGAAUACGGAGCGUCCUGUGAAGAUGUAGCCAGAGUUUGCCAUGCCCAUCCAACAGUGUCAGAAGCCUUCCGGGAAGCAAACCUAGCAGCAUCUUUUGGCAAAGCUAUCAACUUCUGAAAAGAAAGAACAGAUCUUUGUAUGUGUGUAGUAUGUCUCUGAAAAAAGGACGGUCGGCCCUUACGGAAGCUGUAUCUGAGGAUUUUAGAACUGAAUUAAGGGAAUCUCUUCAUUUCAAACAUCAAAUAUUUAAACAAGUAGAGUUUGGAACAAGUGGAUUUAUUCAAUCUCUGUAAAUUAAAUACUUAAAAUUACAUGUCUAUUUACGUGAUGAAUGUUGCAGAAAACCAGCCUGACAGAACUCUUUGUCUUUUUCAAAACCAGACCUCUGGCUGCUGCAUG